AUAAAAAGAAGAAGAAGAAGAAGAAUGACAAACACGUCUGUCAGGUGUGUUUACAUUUUCGUUGUAGCCAUAAAAACAAAACGCCAAAAUUGUCCCAUUGUUCUGAACAACCAAAAUACGCGCAGUUAUGCGUAAAUAUCAACAAUUAUGUCUGAUCGUGAUUUCGUUAGUUAGCAUAGUGGUGCUGCUGAUGUACAGAAGCGAAAACAGUCGGCUAAAGUACGUCCUGGAGGUGGUCAAUUUUUUCGGACGCAGCGACAAUGCAAUCUCUAAGCUGGAAAACACAACGAAAAUAUUCAUUCAAAACUACGAUCUGGCCAAUCCAAUGCCGGCGUGGACGAGAAUCGGCACCGAUUUCCAUGUGUACUCGACGUUCUGGAACAAUAACACGUUGAAGGCUGGCGGACUGGAAUCGAUUAGUUUAGUAGCUGGAAUCGGUAAUGUGCAGUUUCAGUGUGAAAUGGAAUUUGAAAAUGGAAAAUCGCAACGCGGCAAAUUCAUGUUUACCAGGGAAGACGUGUCGGAUGCACACAACGAUGCGAAGAGCGAAGGUUUCGUGAUCUACACGUUCAUUUGCAAAAUUAACAGAGACUUUGGCUACCCGAAGAAGAUUGUUUUCAUCGACACCAAUUCGCAUUCACGGCACGCAGUCAACAUUCGCACGAACAAAGUGAAACCGGACAAACAAUUUUUGACCGUGUGCCUGAAUCUGGCCCAAAUCGGAAAGAAAACGAAUUUCCCGUUGUCGGACAACCGGUUCCUGCAGUUUUUCUACCACCACUCGUUCAUAGGAAUUGAAAACUUUUUGAUCUACGACACCGACGAUCUGCUCAGCACCAAAGUGCGGCAAAUACUGUUCAAAAAUGGCAUCAACAUCAACAUUCUUCCGUACAAUUUUCCGUUCGAAUCGCAUCACCGGAAACAAGUCCACCGCAUCCUCGAAAUGGACUGUCUACAUCGCACGAAAUUGUUUUCGAAAUACGCAAUCAUUUCGGCUCCCAAUGAAUUUCUGUACACCGAUGCCAACAUCAAAUCGCCACUGUCACCGCUGAAGCAACUGAAAAAGUAUCCCGCCGAUAGAAAUCUAUUCGAAUUGCCGGUGAGGACGAUUUGCGUUGACAAAGCGGUGGUACAAUUGGCUCACAAUAAUCGCUCCAGAAUCGAUGGGCACGAGAUGACAUUUUCACUGUACAAACCAGACUACAAAUUCGAUGAUUCGGAAGCGGUUCGCGUAGAAGGCACCAAAAUGUCCAUGCAUCGGUAUGAGACAUGUGAUGGUGAUGGGAAGGUUGCAACAUUGGACUGGCGGACAACUGUUACGGCUCCGUUUUUGGAGUACUAUGACACCAUUGCAAGGGAGGUGAAAAUUAUGGGUUCGCAUGAGGGUUAGUUCGAACACACUUAUCACCUGUGGCAAGAAAGACUGUGAAAAGACAACUCAAAACACUGCAUUUACGAACAAGAAUAUCAAAUUUUCGUUUGACUCAAUCAACCGCUAGUUUUCUCUGAAUAAAUUAAGUUCUGUCGACAAUAAAA